AUGGAUUUUGGACAGACACACCUUGGAGGGCUGAUAUCGAGUUCCCAGCAUGAUGAGAAGGCGAAGCACUAUGUGGUUGGCUCAAGAAUAAAGAUGGGAUGCGAGCUGAUGAAGAAUCUGUACGGAAAGUCGUGGCAUGUGAAGCUUGUGGAGAAUAGCUAUGGACAGGUUAUUGUAACGUCUCAGGCGAGUGUGAUAUAUGACAGUGUCAAGGCGAACCAUCCGUUUGUGAAGCUGUUGCAGGAGUAUGUGAAGAAGAUGGAUGUGGUUGGCGACGGAGCAAAGCUGUUUGUGCUACUUGUGUCUGAUCUAUUGUCUGAGAUGCUUGUGGGGGUUGACAAGGGAAUGAAGCCGGCGCUGUUGAGUGGGAUGCUUAGAGAGAUGCAUAAGGAAAUUGAUGGGAUUGCGGGAGACUUGAAGAUUGAGCACAGGAUUGACUUUGAAGAUUUGGAAAGUAUAAGGAAGGUGCUGAGGGGGGUAGUGAAGGAUGAGCUGCUUGAGAGGAUAGUGAGUGAGGGGGUUAGAUGCACGAGGGGGUUUGAGAGUGAGGAUAUAAGAGUGUGUAAGGUUGGUUGUGGAAGCAUGGAGGAUAGCUAUGUUGUCGAGGGGAUGGUGUUUAACAGGGCGCCGGAAGGGGAGGUGAAUAGUGUGAAGAACGGAAGGACGUCGAUAUACAAUUGUGGGGUGGAGAUUAGCAGGACUGAGCUGAAGGGGACGGUUCUUCUGAGAACGGCUGAGGAGUUGCUGGCGUUUAGCAAGGAUGAGGAUGCAAGGACCCUCAAGAUGGUUGAGUCGUUGAGUGCGGAUGUGAUUGUGUGCAGUGGGAAGGUGGACAGGAUAUAUCUUGAUUUUCUGAAUAAGAGCGGAAAGCUAGUUUUUAAGGUGAGCAGCAAGCAUGAUCUACGAAGGAUACGGGAAGUAAUGGGAGGGCAUAUUUCGUCGAGUCUGUGCACGCAAGCGGAGGAUUUGAUGGGGGAGAUUGAUGAGGUGGUGGUGUUUAGCGAGGGGAAGGAGAAGUACACGAAGUUUGUGUCGAAGAGCAAAAAGAAGUAUACGUUGGUGCUGAAGAGUUCUGUAAAGGCGAUGCUUGAUGAGCAUGAGAGGAUUGUGCAGAAGGCGUUGGUUGUUCUGAGCAAGAAUGUUAAUGACGGAAAGAUAUGGCUUGUUGAGGGAGCAGGAAGGUUUGAAAGAAGGAUGUCGAAGAAGAUGAUGGAGAGGAGCGGUAAUGAAAGUGGGUCACGAGGGUUUGUGUAUAAGUGUGUUGGAAAUGCUCUUGGGCGGUACAAGCAGUAUGAUGAGGAGAUAUAUGAUGUGUACAAUGCGAAGGUGAAGGCAUUGAAGUAUGCGGUAGAGUUUGUUGCGAUGUUUUUUGAGACGAGCGAUUAUUUGAUUGGAAAGCCUGAGGCGAUGAGUAUCAAUGCACGAGAGAAUCAGAGCUGGGAUGAGGACCACUAA